AAACAAAGUGAUGCAGAGCCUUCCAACCAAGACAGUAUCUAUUCUUUUUUCUCCUCACCAACCAACCACUCUCUUCCACACUCACUCCUCUCCCUCUCUGUGCAUACUCACUCUCCCGCCGCCGAUAUAUUCCCAACAUUUCCGGCGAAUUCACAUGGCACAUCAAUGAAUGACGACGAGCCUUUACCGGCGAUCCUCAUGUCGCUGUCUUGUAUCUCCGAUUGCAAACUCUUCUGCGGCGAGGAAACCACCGGAAUCUUAACCGUAGAUUCGACUGAAUACUCCUCCGAUCUCGAUUCAUCAUCGCCGUCGUUGUCAUCAUUCGCAUUGGAAGAGGAGGAGGAGUCCAUUGCUGUUUUCAUCGAAGACGAGCGUAAGUUCGUUACCGGAUUCGAUUACUUUUCAAGAUUCCAAUCUCACUCUCCAGUUGCCAACGCCAGAGAAGAAUCCAUUGCAUGGAUUCUCAAGGUACACGCGUACUAUGGAUUUCAGCCGUUGACUGCGUACCUUUCCGUUAACUAUAUGGAUCGGUUUUUGGAUUCUCGACCUCUUCCGGAAUCAAAGGAAUGGCCUCCGCAACUUUUAUCUGUUGCAUGUUUGUCUUUAGCAGCAAAGAUGGAGGAACCCCUGGUUCCUUCUCUCUUGGACCUUCAGAUUGAAGGUGCCAAAUACAUAUUUCAACCGAGAACGAUUCUUAGAAUGGAGCUACUUGUUCUGACUAUUUUGGAUUGGAGGCUAAGAUCAGUUACCCCACUUAGCUUCCUCAGUUUCUUUGCGUGCAAGCUAGAUUCAACCGGAACUUUCACUCACUUCCUUAUUUCACGUGCUACAGAAAUCAUCUCGUCUAAUAUCCAAGAUGCUGGAUUUCUUGCUUAUUGGCCAUCAUGCAUUGCUGCAGCUUCCAUACUCUCUGCAGCUAAUGAAAUUCCUAAUUGGUCUUAUGUUAAGCCUGAGCAUGCUGAAUCAUGGUGUGAAGGAUUAAAAAAAGAAAAAAUUAUAGGGUGCUAUGAGUGGAUGCAAGAAAUUAUGAUAAGUAAUAACAGAAGAAAUCCCCCUAAAGUAUUGCCACAGUUGCGAGUGACAACUCAAACCCAAAGGUGGUCCAAUGUCUCAUCAUCAUCAUCAUCAUCAUCCCCAUCUUCCUCUUCUUCAUCCUCUUUCUCAUUGUCUUAUAAAAAAAGGAAAUUAAUUAACUGUUUCUGGUUAGAUGAUGACAAAGGAAACUCAGAGUGAAAAGAAAAAGAAACAAGAGUAAUAAAGGAACAAGAGGAAAUAAGACGGGCCAGGUUGUCCAUAAACCUCAACACUUUAAAGAGGGUUUUCACAAUUAAAAAUUAACUACUGUAUGUAUGGAGGUUUGAUGGGUUUGGAUUUGGAGAGUAUUUAAUUAUUUUUCCUUUUACGAGUGAAAGUGAAGUUUCUUUUCAAGCAUAACUCAGUUUCCUUUAGAAAGGAUACCCUCAACAAAACAAAACAACAGAAAUAAGUUAAAGAUUAUGGCUAAAUUUCGUGGACUUUUCUGAUGGUACGUGUGAAGAUGGACUUGGCACGUGCCAAUCACGAGUGUUUUAUGUGAUUUUUUUGGCCUUGAGUUUUGGCCUAACUAUAUAAUACAGGACUCCAUUGCUUGGUGUCCAAUGCGUGUGAUGGGAAACACGUGUAUAUAGUUUUUUUUUUAUUAUAUACUUGCAUUUUUUAUUGGUUUUGAAAGAGAGGUAAACUCUCUUUACAUAGUGGCUUUGAUAAUGGAGGUGAAAAGGUCUUUGGGGCCUUCUCCUCUGCGCUGUGUAUUGAAUUGAAUUCAAUAUUAAUAUCAUAUUGGUUUCAUAUA